AAGACUCCAAACAUUUUCCUGGAUUCCUUAUUUUUAUUUCUUUUUAUAAAAAARUAUGUAUCGUUUUACGAUCAAGAUUUUAGUUUUAUUGUUAUCAUUCKUAGUUAGAGAUUGUAUAUGUGAAGUUUUAUGGAGAUCGGCCUUCAGAGAGUCUAUGAAUCAAACCUCUUUGUGCACGUUCUGUGGAACAAAAACAACAGAUUUUGUAGAAAAUAACUGUCACCCUAACAACCACGUUUUCCGUCGUUGCUGUCUUGAUUCAAGCAACAAAACAGUUGGUGUUGACUUAAGUAACUGUAACAUAAGAAGUAUACAAGUUUUGGAUAACGUGAAGGACAUAUCUUGGAUAAACCUUGCAAACAAUUCAAACUUGGCCUGUUCUAACCAAACAUUCUCAAACUUCUUUGAAGGAUUCAAAAUGCUGAAUGAAAUUGUUCUUCCAUCUCCAUGCGACUGUCCUGGCAGUGAUUUACUUUGGAAUCAAUCAAGAACUGUGAAUAAUUCAACAGUGUGUUUAACACAAAAAAGCACUUGUAACCUCUAUAAUGUAUCAUGUCCAUAUAAUUCACUAUGCAGCAAUAAUGGUCCAGGGUUCUAYGAAUGCUUGUGUGAUGAAAACUGGAUUGGUUACAAAUGUUUAAUCAAGAAAGGACUACCUCUAGUUAUAAUAUUGGGUUGCAUUGCUGGUGGAACUAUUUUGAUAAUCAUUCCUAUAGCCUUAUUAAUCAAUAGACGGAAAAGAAUGUAUUCUGGUUAUACUUAUGUCGAAGGAACAACGCAAACCUGAAAAUCACUACUUAACAAACUCCUAGAUUAUCAAUCACUUGAUUGAUUAAUUAUUAUAAAUGAUUAUUUAAAAAAAAGGUCCUUCUUGGUAAGAAGUCGACUGGAAAUUCACUGACAUAUUGGAGUGUCAUCAUUUUGAAUAGACUUCUUUACCUUGGGUGUAAUGUUUUCCCAUUUCAGACUACGUGUCAUUUACUUGAAAUUAAGAUUCUUUGUUUGAGUUGUAUCCAUAUUCAUGUGUCUUCUCUUGUGCAACUGUUAAACAAAGAUAUGAAAUGGGAAAACAUUAUGCCUGAGGUGAAGAGGUACAUGUAUAUUAUUGGACGAAACAGAAGACCUCUGUAAAAGGCUUUAAUUUUUUCAUUCAAGCAAUCUUACUAAUAACGAAUUUUAAUUCUUAUAUUUAUUUUUUAAUGAUUUUUAUUGAAGUGUGCAGCACUGUUAGUAAUUUCUAUACGAAAUGUUACAAUAUUAUUUCAUAUCCUAAGCACAUUUGCCUUCCACAGGUCUCAGGUUCAAUAUCUGGACCCACCUUGAUUUGAGGGUUUUUCUUGUGGAUCUCUGGUUUUCCUCUCUCUGCAAAACCUAACAUGCUAAAUUUCAAUUCAAUCUGUGAGUUAGCCAUGCCCUGACUUAGAUCAGUCAGAGUUUGUUUCAGGGUUCAAUCUGUGAGUUACCCAUGCCCUGACUUAGAUCAGCCCAGAGGUUGUUUAGGGCUCAAUCUAUGAGUUACCCAUGCUCUGACUUUGAUCAGCCCAGAGGUUGUUUCAGGGUUCAAUCUGUGAGUUAGCCAUGCCCUGACUUUGAUCAGCCCAGAGGUUGUUUCAGGGUUCA